AUGGAAAGUGACGACGACUGCCCUCCUGACCUGGUGCCCGCGCAGGGGUUGUUGGCGCUGAGCUCAAAUGAUACGCUGCCAGAGGACACAAGCUCAGACGUUGCAGAGGUUGUGGUAGAGGUAGAGAGGCCACCAACAGCACCAGGAGCUGUGCCGGUAACCAUCGUCACAGGCUUCCUGGGAGCAGGAAAGACGACCCUGCUCAAUUAUAUACUCACCCAGGACCAUGGUCGGCGCAUCGCGGUGAUUGAGAACGAGGUUGGAGACAGCAUGGACAUCGAGUCUCUUAUCGCGAAGGAUGGCGCCGACGGAUCGGUCUUGGCGGACAACCUUUUCGAGCUCAGGAACGGUUGCAUUUGCUGCGCGGUCAAGGACGACCUCGUCACCACCCUGGAGAUGUUGCUUCAACGAAGGAACAAGUUCGACUACGUGAUCAUCGAGACUACAGGCCUCGCCAACCCGGGUCCUGUAGCGAGUGUUUUCUGGCUUGACGAGGCCUUGGAAAGCGCUCUGCGGCUCGACAGCAUAGUCACCUUGGUCGACGCCAAGAAUUUCGUGCGACAGCUGCAGCGCGUUCCGGGUGAGGGGGCCGAGGCCGGCGCGGAGGGAGAGGAGCAGUCCGGGAAACGCCCCAAGAAUGAGGCUGCCAUGCAAGUGGCCUACGCUGACCGCGUCCUCAUCAACAAGAGUGACCUCGUGUCUACCGAAACCCUCGAUGAUGUGGUUGGACGAGUGCGAACAAUCAACGCUCUGGCCGAAGUUCGUUGCACCAAGCGCUCCGCGGUGGACCUAGCGUGGAUUCUGGACACCGAAUGCUUCUCCUCGGAGCUAGCGGCAGCGCUAGACCCUUCUCUCGCACCGCCUCGGGCUUUGCUAGGCACAGCCCAACAGAACGAAGGCGGCAGAGGCAGCAGUGCAGCGGAUCGAGGAAUCGCUCGAACGGGGUCUGGUCCCGGGGAUGCACACGUUCAUUCGCACGACGUUGAGCCGAGCGGGGGGCACACGGAGAGCGUUCACCACCAUGCCGACGGAGAGGCAUGCGAUGAGUGCGCCGCGGCGGAAGGGCCCGGCGGCACGGCUUGUUCAGUGCAUGACCCUUCCGUGACCACCUGCGCAGUAGACUUGCCAGGUUCGUUGGACCUCUCGCGUCUGGAACGGUGGCUUGGGGGCUUGCUGUGGGACCCACCCCCAGGAGGGACGGAGGUGUAUCGUGUCAAGGGCGUGGUGAGCGUGGAGGGUAGAGACGAGCGCUUCGUCGUCCAGGGUGUGGCUGACCUGUUUGAGGUGACGCCGGCAGAGGUGGUCGGCAGUGCUUGGCAAGAAGGAGAGGCACGACGGUGCAAGGUGGUGUUCAUCGGGCGGUUGCUGUCCUCGAGGGACCUCGAGCUAGGUAUAAGGUCGUGUAUGGUUCAGGACUAG